AACAAAACUUCAACUCUGUCAAAUAAACUUUCGGGGAGAGGGAAAACACAGAUUUUCUCUCUCCGAUUAUGCACUUAUUGGCAUUUCUGAGAAGAGAAAUGUGUAAAUAAACAAGUAAUAAUCGACCUUUACCUCGUGAAAACACACUGGAGUAAAGUUAAAGCAGACGCGAUGAGGUCAGAAAACCAGAAGAACAUGUUCAGAUGUUCCUAAGAGUCCUCUUUAUAGUGGAGAGGAGGCGCAGGGAAGAGGAUUCUGGACAAUAAUGCUGUCAAAGCUGGACCGGCUGCACUGUGCGUGCGUGUGUGUGUCUGUGUGAGUGAGUGAGUAAGUGUGAGAGGGUGAGUUCUACCAUCACCACCACCAAAAUGAGGAAGGUGAACGUGCGCGCUGCCAAGACUGACCUCAGGUCCAACCUCUGCUGCUGACAUCACUCCUCCUCACGGCUCGUCGCCUCAGCCUGGAGUCCCAUCAAGGUCUGAGUCUCCCGCUGUGACCGAAGGAGGCGAUGCCUCGACACCAUUCAUUCUCAGGCAGGCGCUCACUCAGGACAGGCGCACACACACACACACACACACACAUACACACAACACACCGCUCAUCAUCACCUACACCAUCAUCAUCAUCGUCGUCAUCAUCACUAUCAUCAUAGCCGGACAAACUGUGAAGCGAAGUGAAGUGUGAGGAUGACAGAAGAAAGCAGGGGCAAACGGAGGAAACAAGCAAACCCCAGGAGGAACCGAGUGGAUGCUGAACAAGUGACUUCACUGGGAUCUGAAGGGGAGGAUGAGGUGGGUCUGUGGAGCCUGGAGCCCCAGGAAUGCCAGGAGAGCCUGGACAAGACGAGCCUGACACCCAGCGAGGGGACGGAGGAGGCCAGCAGUCCUGCCCGCUCCACGCAGCCACACAGCCUCAGCCCCAGCAGCAGGAACUACUGGGUGCAGGUGGAGCCAGAGGCUGAGGCUGCCGAGGACACCAUUACUGCAUCCACCAGUGACAGGGAAGGAGACCAUGAUCCACUGAGGAUGUACUGUAAGAACUCAGACUCCCAGAAUGCCUUGGAGGACCUGGCUCAUUAUGAAUUUUUGGCCCAGCUCAAGAAGGCUUCUACCUCUGCCAGUCUCUUGGACCAUCUGAACCACAACGGCACAGCAGCUGUGUAUCACCAGGGCAGCAAACACGAUGACCUCCCGCCUGCCAUCUGGUCACCGGGAGCUCAGCACUGCUCACCUGAGGGCGCAGAUGCAGGAAGGAACCAGCAGGUUUGUCCGUUCUGCCACAGGAUGUUUCAGCGAGGAGCCACUCUGAGGGAGCACAUAAAGUACUGUCAAGAGAGGGAGGGGGGCCACAUGGUCUGUCCACUCUGUGGAUACACUGCCCCCCUUAGGGCACAGAUGGAGCAGCACCUGGCACUUCACAAUCAGAUGCAGGACAAGAGUCCCAUCACGCUGGAUCAAGGCAUGGAAACCAGGAAGUUCAAAUGUCUCCAGUGUGGGAAAGCCUUCAAGUACAAACACCACCUCAAAGAGCAUCUCCGCAUCCACAGCGGUGAGAAGCCGUACGAGUGCUCCAACUGCAAAAAACGCUUCUCUCAUUCCGGCUCUUACAGCUCCCACUUGAGCAGCAAAAAGUGCCACAGUGGUGGAGGCAAUGGAGGGGGAAAUCCAGGAGGAGCCAGUGGGGCAUUUAAUGGACAUAGCCAAAGCCCCUACCACCACUCAUUUCUCCCAUCUCCCUCUGCAGGCAGAGGGAGGAUCAGUAAUGACAAGGACUCGCCUUUGUCUUCACAGAAUCAAGAUAAUUCCAGAUCCCUGGGCAGAGCACCAGAGGAUCCUCAUCAGCUUUUGUUGCAGGAUAGCAACCAGAACCCCACUGGCUUUCCCAAAGCGUUGGAUCUGGCUCAGCUCUGGGACCCCUCGGCAGAGCUUUCUCUGAGGGCCAGUAUCCUGAAAGAGACCAACCUGCUACCUUAUCCUUACUCUGGCACCAAGUUUGAGCAGAUGCUGCAGGAGAUGCUGCACAGGGAGGUGAAAAAAGAGGAGGACAUGGAAAGAGGUGGAGCCGUAGCAGAGGAAAAACGGCUCAUUCACAACGGAGGGCCCGAGAAGAAACUGUCGCCUGAAAGAAGGAGAGAGUCGGGUGAAGGGGAGAGAGGUGUGCUCGGGGUGACGUGUCGCUGGUGCUCACAGCUUUUCCCGAAUGUGGCAGUGCUGCUUCAGCAUGAGCGCUACCUCUGUAAGAUGAACCGCGAGGCAGUGGAGAUGCCUGAGGGUCUUCGCGGCAAAGACCCCUCCUCGCCACCUGUAUUCUUACCCCGACCUGAUCUUCACCCAGAGAACAGCAAACCGUGUGAGGUAAUCAACGGCCUCUCUGGAAACAAGUCGCCGCUGCACAAGCCCAGCUGGCAUUCUGUCACACAGCAGCUUUUGGUGGCAAUGCACUCCCCACCGCCGCAGCCUCGCCAGGACGUCCUGUCCUCGCGUGCAUAUUGGUCCAGCCAGGAGAAGGUAAGCCCGAGCCAAUCGAUCAUCCACUCUCCAGAUCUGUCAUCACCCAGAGCCAGAAGAAGAGUUCCCUCCUCUGGAUUCAGCUCUCCUGUCUGCCUCGACCUGACCAGCUGUCCUCCUGAAAUCUCCUCACCUCAGAACCAGACCGGCAGCUCUUGGUCUGCACAGAAUGAACCUCUGGACCUCUCCCUGCCCAAGCAGCUCUCAGACCAUGAACGGAAGAACAAAACUGUCAAUGGCAGCUCGUCCAGAGGUGACAAGAGAGAGUUUGGGAGCCAGCAGCUAAAGAGACUCAUGUCCAACUUAAGUCCCACGUCACAUCUACCCUUUCACCACCAUCCGGUCUACAGUGGGGCCAGAGCUCCCAUGUUUCCAGGAUCCCUGUACAAUGGUUUUCCUAUCAUCAACCAGUCUGGUUUAGGGCUUUCAGGACAUGAUGCCACUGCAUCGAUUCCCUUCAGCCAGCCAGCUAAUAGCUCUGGAUUUCUCUCCCCUUUGACUUACAUGAUGGAGGCAGACGCAGAGGCCACACUGAAGAAGAUCCACCAUGAAAGACAAGCUCUGAUGGGCGACGUAUUAAGCCGAGGAGCUUUGGAAUACCUCUCGCUAAUGGAUGAAAGUCUGGAGGGAGAGGGUGGGCCAGGGAGGAAGAGGCUGAAGAAGACGGAUGAGGGGAUGUACGCUUGUGACAUUUGCGAAAAAACCUUCCAGAAGAGUAGCUCGCUGCUUCGACAUAAAUAUGAGCACACAGGCAAACGUCCCCAUGAGUGCAAAAUCUGCAACAAGGCCUUUAAGCAUAAGCACCAUCUGAUCGAGCACAGCCGGCUGCACUCCGGAGAGAAACCCUACCAAUGUGACAAAUGCGGCAAGCGCUUCUCUCACUCCGGCUCGUACUCGCAGCACAUGAACCACCGCUACGCUUACUGCAGCAAAGACCAGGAUCCAGACCAGGAACACGAGGAGAUGCCUUUCACCCCUCGAGCGGACGGUGUUCUCGCGGGCCGGCUGGCUGACGAGGCCCCUCUGUCUGUGGAGGACGCCCAAACUCCUCAUUUAUUCCUCAGUGACUCCAGUCUGGAUGGAGCUACGGAGGGAUUCAAAGAGGAGGAGGAGGAGGAGGAGGAGGAGGAGGAAGGUAAAGAGGCAGGAGUUGGCGAUGGUCACGUGGAAGAGGCAAAUGAGGAUUUGUCAGGGGAGCUGUUAGAAGAUUUCACCGUUCAUGGUUCGCCAACAAGGGAGAGAGACACUUGCGAUGUGGGAAACCAAGUUGACGAUGUCGACGGCGACAUGUGGGACAAAGGCACUGAGGAGCAGAGUGGAAAUGUAGACAAAUAUGAACCAAGCCCGGAUGUUACACAUUUACCCAAUAUAAAAACCUAAGGUGACCUUAACAAGCCAAUGCAAUGCAUAUACUGUACAUAUAAAAGACUUUUGAUACUUCUUUUUUUUAAAUCUUUUUUUGUAUAUAUACUGUAUAUAUAAUAGCUUCACUGAUUUUACUUUUCAACUUUUUUAACCACAUGAAAAAUGCACAAAUCUGCCAAAGAAUGGGCCUUAAAGUGGAUCAAGCCAAACAAUAUGUAUGUGACCAUGCAGGAUAAAAAAAUGCAAAAUGUACUUCAUGUGCCUACAGUGUUUUUUAUAUAUUGUUUUUCUUUUCUUUUUUGUUUGCGUUGACUUCCGUAAGGUCACACGUCCAGAUGUGAUAUUGUAGAAAUCUUACUUUUUAUAUGCUUACUGCUGCUGACAGCCGCUAAACCAGAAGCUUGUGUGCGUGUGUGUGUGUGUGUGUGUGUGAGAGUGUGUGUUUUAAUUUACUUAGUUUGGAACGAUAUGACUGCUCACAUGGAGAUGCAUCCCAGUGGGUGGUUUUUCAGAAAACAGGCUCAGUAGGAAUUGAUUGAUCGCAGGACGGACUGUUAUUGUAAAUACCAUGAAGGCCAUACGGUUCUUAAAGGCUACAGAUGCAGACUUAACAACAGAACCUGAUGCCUAGUAUUUAUUCCUUCUAAGAAGUCCAAGAGAAUUCACUUUCUUAAUAUCUUGGUGUGUCUACGGUCAGUUUUGUCACAAAAUCUUUACCUCCAUUUUAAGAAUUACCAAUCAUUGUCAGUUAAAACACACAUGUACAGUAUUUUUUUACUUUUUCUCCCCAAGGCAAAUACGUGCUUGGAUGAACAGUAGAAGUUUCUGUAACCAUUAAUGCUGUGAAAACAUAAGGUAAAAACCAACUCAUCUCUUCAGGGGUAAACGGUGCUCAGUGGCUUUAAUUAAUCAGCAAUCUAUCCAGUGUGCAAAGACGGGGGGCGGAGGGGGGGGGGAGAAACGGAAGGCAUAUAUUUAUUUAUUUUUUUUAACUAAAGAGUGAACUGCACCUAUUUAAUUGCACGUUUGAAAGAGUCAUCUCUGCAUUUCUACGUGGAACGUUAAAAACGGGCAAAAGAUGAAGUCAGUCUCUGGGGUUUUUUCUUUUUUUGUCUCGUGUCUCACUAUUUGUGUAUCAUUUACAUGGAGCUGCUCUAUUUCAUUUAAUGCCAUAAAUGUCUGUUAUUCUUUUUUUUUUGUAAUAAUGUGCAUGUGCCACAGCCUAUCUUCACACUUCUGGAAGAAUAAAAAAAGUGUCACACAGUCAGGCUGUUGAGGUGUGGCAAGUCGGUCAAGACUCAGGACAUGAUCGUCACUUUUUUAACCUCCCUACUUCCUCUUUCCGACUGAGGUGUAGUCAACGUGAAAAGUGCCUCAGAUGUGCCGACACUGUGAGUAAUCUGACGAGGCCUUGGUUCGACGAGAUAAGAUGGUGGUGCAUGAGGUGUGACUAAGUUUUCAUGCACGUGGGUAUCAAAGUCACUGUGUGUGUGUGUGUGUUUAUCACUAAAGAUAUGCAUAUGUGACACCCAACUGCCACCCUACUCUUGCAUAUUUCCUUACCUGUUAUUCUGUUGUUGUUUUUUUAAAUUGUUUACUUCACUCAGAGUCUGUACACUUUUAAUGUUGAGCAGUAUUUUUUAUUAUUAUUAUUUUUUCUGUUGGGCACAAAUGCAACUUUUUGCAUUCCCUGUUUUUUUUUAUACACAUUUUUAUUUUGCAUGUUCGUGGAUAUUUGUAAUAAAAUUGUACACAUUUGA